GUGCUCGCCACCGCUCAUGUGAUGCACUCUCUUAACCAGGAAAUUAAAGCGUUCUCCCGGAAUAACCUCAGGAAGCAAUGCACCAGGGUGACCACGCUAACUGGAAAGAAAAUUAUAGAAACGUGGAAAGAUGCCCGAAUGCAGGUGGUGGAGGAAGUGGAGCCGAGCGGAGGGGGUGGUUGUGGUUACGUGCAGGACCACAGCUUGGACCUGCAGGUUGGCGUUGUUAAGCCUUGGUUGCUUCUAGGGUCACAAGAUGCUGCUCAUGAUCUGGAUACACUGAGAAAGUACAAGGUGACUCAUAUUCUCAAUGUUGCAUAUGGAAUUGAAAAUGCUUUCCUCAGUGAGUUUACAUACAAGAACAUUUCUAUAUUGGAUUUGCCUGAGACCAAUAUCCUGUCUUAUUUUCCAGAAUGCUUUGAAUUUAUUGAACAAGCAAAAAUGAAGGAUGGUGUGGUUCUUGUUCAUUGUAAUGCAGGAGUUUCCAGGGCUGCCACAAUUGUAAUAGGCUUUCUGAUGUAUUCUGAAGAAAUCUCCUUUCCUGGUGCAUUUUCUUUCGUGAAAAAUGCAAGGCCUUCCAUCUGUCCAAAUUCUGGCUUCAUGGAGCAGCUUCAGACCUAUCAAGAGGGCAAGGCAAGCAGUUUGUGUGCUGACACACCAGAAUUGGGAAAGAGCAAUAGCUCAUGAGUUUCAUUCUAACAGAUGAUGGACGAAUGUAAUUUCUGAAUUGGUAUUGGCAGCCAUCUUUCCUCUUUUGGGGAGAGUAAACAAGUAACUUGCUUUUAACAAGUGGAAAUGAGGGUCAAUUUGUUCUGAAUUAGUGUCUGAAUACAGUUGAAAAACUAUACUGCUUUCUCUUUGUUACUAUAAUAUUUGUGUGUUUCUUUGAUGUUUAUAGAAGAAAAAGGCUUACAUUUCAAGGCUAUAUUACAGAAAGAAUAAAUCAGUUAAUGAGGCCUUUUAUCAUUUUCUAUCACAGCAUCCAACUAAAUAAAGCAAAAACCUGAAAGGGCUACUUGACUUCUAUUUUUGAAAGAAGUAAAUUUUUUGGUAAAGAAUUUUAAAGUUAAAAUAUGAAUACCUUCUUACAGGACACUAUAUUGAAAAUGAACUUUAUAA